AUGGCAGCAUCUCAUCAACACUACUGUGAUAACAAAAGUUAUCUUCUUUCUUGUUUCACCUUAUUCUUUCUAGCUGUAGCAUCAAGUGCAGCUCCAAUAGCAUUCAACUAUGAGACAUUUAGAAACAUGGGAAACACCUUAAAUCUUACAGGAGGAGAUGCCUCUCUGGACAUUAAUAAUGGAGCACUCAACCUUACUUAUUAUGGGACUGAUAGCUUUGGCAGAGUCAAAUAUCACAAACUGCUGCAUCUUUGGGACAAGAAAACAGGCAAGGCCACAGAUUUCACCACACACUUCACCUUCUCCAUCAACACACCAAACAAAACCUACAAUUCGGAUGGCAUCACUUUCUAUCUUGCUCAGCCCAACUUUCCUCUUCCAACUCCAAGAUUUGGCGGCGGCAUUGGUCUCCUGUCACGUGCUCAGAUGCUUACUCCAAACUACACAAGCAAAGAUCAUUUUGUGGCAGUAGAAUUUGACACCUUUGGCAAUGCCGAAUGGGAUCCCAUUCUUGGAUAUGAUCAUGUAGGUAUUGAUAUUAAUAGUAUGGCCACUCCUUACACUCGAGAAUGGUUCACUAGCCAGGAUGAGAGAAAAUAUGAUGUUGAUAUCACUUAUAAUUCUACUUCAAAUGUUCUGGCUGUGUUUUUCACUGGAUACAAAGAUAACAUCACAAGGAUUAAGCAGCAAUUAUCCACUGAUGUGGAUCUGAGAGAGCAACUACCAGAAUGGGUUGAAUUUGGCUUCUCUUCCGCAACCGGUAUGUAUUAUGAGUAUCAUACUCUUUUCUCGUGGUCCUUCAACUCUACUAUGGACUUGGAAGCACACAGCAGGGACAAUAAUGAAAGAGCAACACACAAGGACAACAAGGGUAAUCAAACAAAAACCGGAACAAUUAUAGGGAUUACCAUUGGUGCAUGUGCUUUAAUUGGUGUUUUUGGGCUAGCUUUUCUUAUGGGAUGGAAGCUGAGGAGGAAAAGAGGAGUGGAGAAUGUAAUUAACCUUGCAAUGGACAGAGAUUUUGAGAGAAGCACUGGACCAAGGAGGUUUUCCUAUGCAGAACUUUCUAGAGCAACUUAUAACUUUGCAAAUGAGCAUAAAAUUGGUAAGGGGGGUUUUGGGGAAGUCUACAGAGGAUUUUUGAGAGACUUUAACAUGCAUGUUGCCAUCAAGAGGAUAUCUCAGGGAUCUCAACAAGGUGUGAGGGAGUAUGCAUCUGAAGUCAAGAUCAUUAGUCAACUGAGGCAUAGGAAUUUGGUUCAACUCGUUGGUUGGUGUCAUGAGCAGAAUGAGCUUCUACUGGUUUAUGAGUUCGAGGAAAAUGGUAGUUUAGAUUCUUAUCUGUUCAAAGGUGGGGGGUUAUUAAAAUGGGAAGUAAGAUACAACAUCGCUAGAGGCUUGGCUUCAGCUUUAUUUUACUUGCAUGAAGAGUGGGAGCAGUGCGUGCUUCAUAGGGACAUCAAACCCAGCAAUGUUAUGUUGGAUUCCAAUUUCAAUGCAAAGCUUGGAGAUUUUGGGUUAGCCAGAUUGAUGGACCAUGAAGCAAGUUCGAAAACAACGAAUUUAGCAGGAACAUUUGGUUACUUGUCACCGGAAGCUGCAAUGAGAGGGAAGACUAGUAAAGAGUCAGAUGUAUACAGUUAUGGAAUUGUUGCAUUAGAGAUAGCAUGUGGAAGAAGGGUGGUUGAACAAAAUGUGAAUGAAGAGCAGAUAUACUUGGUGGAUUGGGUUUGGGAACUGUAUGGCAAAGGUGAUAUACUUAAAGCAGCAGAUCCAGGAUUAGAGUUGGGAGCAUUUGAGGAGGAGGAAAUGAAGAGGCUAAUGACAGUUGGGCUUUGGUGUACUCACAGUGAUUACCUUAAAAGGCCAUCAAUGAGACAAACACUUCAAGUGCUCUAUUUUGAAGUUCCAUUGCCAAAUCUCCCAUCACAGGGUACUGAUGCACCUAACUCUGUCAGAUCUUUGCUUCCUGGGAAUAAUAGCCAAACACAGCCUUCAACUUCUUCAAGCAGUAGCUCCUUCACUGUUGGGUCUACACACUCCAACAAUAAGGCUUCUAAACUCAUUUCUCCAGCUUCUCAACCUCUACGUACAUUCUAA